UCAUCGCUCAUUAAGUACUGCGGCGUUGUUUUAAGUAGACCGUAUAAGUACAUUCAUUCGUAACAUUAUCCGGGCUCGCGCGGGCUGCGGAUUCACGGACACGGACGGCGCCGUACGACAUGCAAAUCAACAACAGUUAGCGCCAGCGGGACAGCGGGAGCGGGACUGCCCUGUCAAGACUGCCAACUCAGCACUCGCCGCUCGGCAAGCACCGCGCGCGCCGUGGCCGUGGCCGGUGCUUCUCAAGCCGGGUCCGCUCCGCUGAUGUGAGUCCGCUCCGCUAGUCCGCUUCGCUCCGCUUCUUCGCGCACUAUCGACUCCGACGCACGCCGACGUAUGUAUGUACGACUGUAUGUACGUACGCGCGACGACUGGCGAUGGCGAGUGGCGACGACUCGCGACGACUCGCGACGACUGCCGACGACGACGACGAUCAUCAAUGACGUCGACUUCGCCGUCCGCGGGAAGAGUCAGCGCGAGAAAUCAAGUUACGCGCGCGCAAACAUCAUCACGCGCGUCGAGAAAAAAAAAGGAGACCACAGUGACCUACGAAUGGUCGAUAAGAAACGAAUGAGAUUCGAGAUUCAUUCAAUUUUCUCGUUUUGUAAUUACACUUGUAUUCCCCUUUCGCAUUUCGUCUUAGCACAGAGUGCAGUACUGAAGUUUAAACGGAACAGUAUCUUUCGAACUUUCUUAUACGUUUUCCCCGUGAUUUAAAAUGGAAAAGACACGAGAAAGAGGAGAAAUCGAAUAAAACUUUUCAGAAAUUCGGAUAAGUUUGCGAGUCCACGUGUGUACUCGUGAAUACUCUGACGUAACCGUUUUUCAUUCUUUGAGUGUUGAAAAUAAAACCGAUAACGUAUCUUUUUGGACUUUGCGGCGAGAAAAGCGGAUAGAUGCCACGCGACGACGCAACCGUCGCAACCAUGUCCCUAAGAAACGUCAUCGAGUGGACGUCCUCCGACGUGAAAGCGUGGCUUGUGGAAAACGGCCACGAGGAGUACGCGGACUUAUUUUAUUUUCACGAGAUCGACGGUAAGGUACUUCUGACGCUGAAGGAGGAAGACCUGAAAUCUAGUAUUUUAAACAUAAAGAAGAUUGGCGCGAUAAAGAAAUUGUAUCUAGCCAUAAAGCAACUGCAGAGGGACAAUGUCACCGUUCUGUUCGACCUGGGAUACAUGGAUCUGUUUCCUUCGCCGAAUUUUUAUACUCAUCAGAAUAAGCACGAGAUGCCCAGCACCGGUACAAAUAAUGAAACGUCUAUCGAGAACGAAUUUUAUUCAGCUUCGGUAUCGGAGGACGGACACGCCUCUUACUUGCCACCCGAAAUCUGGAAAACGUUCAUCAGUUUGGGAUAUUUAUUUAUCGUCACGUGGAUUACUGCCUUUGUGAUGGUUAUCGUUCACGACAGAGUGCCUGAUAUGAAGAAGUAUCCUCCAUUGCCAGACAUAUUUUUAGACAAUGUACCUCAUAUUCCUUGGGCGUUUGAUAUGUGCGAAGUUACCGGUACCCUGCUUUUUGCGAUAUGGCUCGUUGUGCUUAUAUUUCACAAGUAUAGAUUUAUUUUGUUACGGAGGUUUUUUGCACUGUCGGGUACAGUCUUCCUGCUGAGAUGCGUGACGAUGCUCAUUACUUCGUUGUCAGUGCCAGGUGCACAUCUGCAAUGCCAACCACGGAAAGUCCCAGAUGAAGAUUGGUCAAAUGCUGCGUAUGUCGAACUGUACAAUAAAAUAGCAAUGGCUUAUGUUAUUUGGCGAGGUGCCGGCAUGUCUAUUCAAGGUGUCAGAACCUGCGGGGAUUACAUGUUUAGCGGGCAUACAGUGGCGUUAACUAUGCUUAACUUUUUCAUUACAGAAUAUACCCCGAGAGAUUUGUAUUUUCUGCAUACUUUUACGUGGAUGCUUAAUAUGUUCGGUAUAUUUUUCAUCUUGGCGGCACAUGAGCAUUAUUCCAUCGACGUUUUCGUCGCAUUUUAUAUAACUUCGCGAUUAUUUCUUUACUAUCACACGCUGGCGAACAAUCAAGCACUGAUGCAGCGCGAUUCGAUCAGAACUAGAAUCUGGUUUCCAUUAUUUAGCUUUUUUGAGUCGUCCGUUGAUGGUAUUGUUCCUAAUGAAUACGAAUCGCCGUCCUUGAUAGUUUGCAAUUUAGCAGGCACGGGAAAGAACAUCUGGCAUUGCGUACGUUCUCGGAUUUCUUUCCGAAAAACGCAGCGCAACAUAAACGGCAAUUUAAGCAGCACAAAAAAAAAGGAAUACUAACAUCAAACCGGUACAUAAUUUAUCUUUUCUAAUUGCUAUAUUGCUACUUUGUACUUUUAAGAUAAAUAUGCGAUGUAAGGGAUACUUGAUUGUUUUUUUAAUCCCAAUUACAUGCAACACAAAAAUAUAUAGACCUACACAAAAAGGAAAAAAGAGAUGAGAGAAUGAUAUUUCUUUGUAACGGAUUCUUAUGUCUGGAAAUAUGUAAGAUACGUAAGAUACAUAAGUUUCCAAGAAAUCAAAGUGAACCUAUGUUGCAUAUUUGUCUUUUCAGAAUGUUGACUGUUUGUUUGACAAAUCUGUUUAUAUGUUGAAAUAAUAUUGAAAAAGAUGGAAUAUUUAAUUCUAAAUAUAUUUAUUUUUGCGAUAGGAUUAUUACGAUACCGAAAGAGAUUGAUAUAAUUUAUGAUACAAUUGAUCAAUAUUACAUGCCAGUUAACUUUGCUAUCACAGAGAAAUAAUGUAAUUUAUUCAUUAAGAAAUCUCCAAAGACAAAGCUUAGCGUAUAAAGUACUUUACUAAUUUAACAUGCAUUUUCCAAGCAUGUUGCAUCGUCUAAGACUUUCUUAUUUUUUUAGAUAAUUAUGUGUAUAUAUUAUAUGUAUAUAUAUAUCCACGUAACUUGCUCAUACGUACUUUCGUUUUCUUUUUGUGAUACAAGAAGAAAGUUAUGUUAAGAAAGCUAUAUUGCGAUGGCCUGCAGGGAUGUUAAAUUUUAUCAGGAAUGUUGAAUGAUUUUCAGUAGCUAGCAAGUUUAAUAAUAAUGAUAUUUUAGAAUUUCUAGGUUUAAAUAGAUCUUCGAAGAUAUAUUUUUAUUUGCUAACAAUGGAACGCAACAUUUAAGAGUAAAUGUAUGUUAUACACUAUAUCAUGCAUUCCUGAUAUUUGCUAAAAUUAAUAAUUUAAGACUGCUUGACUUCUGUUAGCUCAUUGCAACCAUAUUGAAAUCGUGUGAUUUUUUUGUCUUGCGUACUGUACGUACAAAUAAAUCGAAUUUUUCGCCACACAUAUAAUUUGACAUAUUGAUAAACUAUAUUGACUCUGUCUUUUCAGUUUAGAUAGUAUUAGAUAUAUAUUAGAUAAUCAGGUGUAAAUCUUGGUCAAUUAUCUUAAGAUCUAUUAUUGCUAGAAACGUAAGAUAUAUAUAUAUAUAUAUAUAUAUAUAUAUAUAUAUAUGUUUUUGUUAAUAUAGGUUAAUAAAAAGAGGGAUGUUUCAUGAAAAAAAAAAGAGAAUUUAUAUGAUUUUAAUAUGGUUACAGUGAGAAAACGAGCGAUACAUUGACAGAUGUUGUAUUAUUAAACAGAGGCUGGAAAUACUGCUGUUAUUGUGACUUCUAAUGUAAAUUCGUGCGCAAAAUACCUGUAUGAUAUGAUCGUACGAAUAGCUUCUAUAUACGUCACAUAGAAGCUAUUACCAAGAGUAUGAUAGCUUUUUAAUAUUUCAUCCAUAUCUAUUUUUUACUUAUGUGAUAAAUAACUUAAUCUUGUUGACGUUAACGAGUACUGAUUAUUGGUAACUUGUUGAUGGUGCCUGAUUGUUGGUGUUUAUUACUUUAUAUACUUCCAAAACCAAAACUAUGCAAUGUAUGUAAACUUUCUCUCUCUCAUGCUAAUAUCGACCAAUAUACCGACUAGUUUGACAGAUAGUCGGAUUGAUUUGCAGACGAUUGAGAAAAAUAGUACGAAUAAAAGACGUCAAUAUUUCAGUAAGAUAUA